AUGGAUAUUGCGGACAGGAUUUUGCAAAAUAACGUUAUUUCAGGAAUCAUAAUAUUUAUAUUAAGAUCUAUAACCCUAAGUCUUGUUUUUGUCACAAAAUUUUCUCUAAGUAUACUAGCAUUCGCUUCAAUAACUAUACCAAAAUGGACCUAUAAAGUUUUAAGCUAUUCUUUAACUAUUCAAUUCAAUUUCAAGUCUUUACUUUUCUUAUUCUUCGUUUCCCUUUGUGCGGCCGCUUUAAUCAUCCGUUACAGAUACCUAAACAAAUACUCUCGACUUCCGCACGAAGACCCGAUAAAAGAAGCCAAGCUUGGUCCUGAAGCCAGCGUUCAAAUUAGUGAACCAAAGAUAGGGUUUCAAAACUAUCUCGAUGAGUUUUUGAGUGCGAUUAGUAUAUUCGGGUACUUGGAAAAACCGGUUUUCGUUGAACUAGCUCGGCAUAUUCAAACCCGGCGAGUUGCUAUAGGAGAAACAAUUGAUCUUGAUGAACAGUCCUCCUUUAUCCUAGUUGUGGAUGGCUGCUUCCAGGUUUAUACAGCCACAGAGCGUUACAAUGAUGGCGCCUUAGGGGAUCCAUCGUCUCUGCAUCCUGACUACAGGCUUCUUACUGAAGUUUCAAAUGGAGCCCCUCUUUCUAGUUUUUUUACUGUCUUGGAGUUAUUCACAGAAAUUGUUCCGGAAGUUUCAGUUACCCCAAGCACUACCCAGUCCACAGGCACCCCAGCAGAGUUCAUGGACAAUCCUUUCCCCGCUAAUAGCAUCGGAAGGAAAAAAUCUGAAUCAAAAGGUGAAUUCAGGCCAAAGGAAAAGUCUUCAAUUGUUGCUAAAGCUAAGUGUGAUACUACAAUAGCUGUUAUACCCGGAAGUGCUUUUCAUCAUUUGGUUCGCAAAUUUCCUAAUUCCAGUGCACAGAUAGUUCAGGUAAUCCUUACACGAUUCCAACGAGUCACCUUUUCUACGGGUUUUGAGUACCUUGGAUUGUCCGAUGUCAUUUUCAGUAUUGAAAAAAACUUCAAUGCUAUUACUUCCUAUGAAUUGCCAAAUUAUAUUCGUGGUGAUAUUAUCGAAACCUUCAAGAAUGAAGCAAAGUCUGAGAAUAGGAAUAAAAACAUAAAGGGUGGUAUAAUCAUAUCACAAAAAAAAGGACCUGCCAAUCGCAUCGGUAACUUGAACAGAAAUUUUGAGGGUUUUGGGUCCGAAAUUGAUCGUACAGCGGUCAAUCCAGGAGAUUUGCUUUCAUCUAUUAAUCCACACGCUACUAUUUCUCAAUCAGUUUCUCCAAACAUGAAACGGUCUCCUCUUCGUCGGGCGUACUCUAAAGAAGUGAGUGAUUAUGAUGUGUAUUCUUCUUUUAGGCAUGGUUUGUUACAUUGCAUUUUAAAAUCUCUUGGUAUAGCCAACUACGGCAUCAAAACCCAAAGUGCUGCUGCUUCCGUAGAUGACGAGCAAUCAGGAUAUCAAGAAAGUAAUCAAUCUACAGAUUAUUCUGAAAAAUCUAGCAAGGUUGACUUUUUGGGCCAACUUGCCAUGUUGAGUGCUGUUGGCGUUAACGAAGAAGCCAAGAGCCCUACAACAAGCAAUCCAAAGCACUCUACGAUUCUUGAGUUUGCCAAAGAAAUUGAGAUAGUUUUCUACAAAAAAGAAACUACCAUUGUUCAACAGGGUGAUCAUGCUGACGGCGUAUUUUAUAUCAUUGAUGGCUUUUUGGAUGCAACUUGCCCCUCUAAAAUAGCUACAUAUGGCAAUCAAGGACAAUCAGAGGAGCACUCCUUUAUGAUGAAACCAGGUGGUCUGGUCAAUUAUCAAGCAUGCGUUUCCAAUUAUCGUUCAUUUGUGAAUGUAAAUGCUAGGACGGACGUUUUAGUAGGAUAUUUACCGCGUACAGCUCUUGAAAGGAUCAUUGAGCAAGAGCCACUAAUUUCCCUUGUCAUCGCCAAAAGACUUAUAUCCUUGGUUCCUCCUUUGCUAUUAAAACUUGAUUUUGCCGUUGGUUGGAUUCACUUAAACCCCGAUCAAGUACUGUUUAACAAAGGGGAUCCAAGUGAUUCAAUAUAUAUAGUUCAAAACGGGCGUUUAAGAUCUAUUGAUGACAGCGAUCCAAAAUCAAAUUCUGAUUAUUUUGAUGAAUAUGGAAAGGGCGAUAGCGCAGGUGAAUUGGAAAUGCUAAUCAAUGCCCCAAGGAACAGUACGUUAUUUGCAAUUCGAGAUUCUGAACUCGCGAAAAUCCCUCAAACGCUGUUCAAUGCUCUCUCUCUUAGCCAUCCAGCUGUCGGGUUACAACUUUCAAAGAUCAUUGCAAAUCGAAUGCAUGUCAUGCUGAAUAACAGUUUCAUCUAUGAAGGUAUUCGUCAGACUAGGAGGGAAAAGCAUAGUAUACGUACACUAGCUGUGGUCCCUUCUUCUUCAACUGGGCAUUUAUUAACUUUUUCCCAAAAGUUAACGUUUGCCUUAUCCGUUUUGGGUAUUUCUGUUAAAAUUUUGAGACAGUCCUCAGUUUUAGAACAUUUAGGGAAGUACGCGUUCAGCCGCAUGGGAAGAUUCAAGCUCGCAAGCUAUCUUUCGGAUUUGGAAGAUAAAUAUGAUAUUUUGAUUUACAUUGCUGACACUAACGUUGGGACUACAUGGUUUCAAACUUGCGUGCGACAAGCUGACUGUAUAUAUAUCCUUGCAGAAGCGGAUGGAAAUCCUCAAAUUGGGGAGUUUGAAAGUUACUUGAUCGCUAUGAAAUGUACAGCUCGAAAAGAGCUUGUACUUAUACAUCCUGAGAGAUUUUGCCCUUCAGGAUUAACGAGGACGUGGUUAAAAGAGCGUCCAUGGGUAUAUGCUCAUCAUCAUUUGCAGUUACGCGCUGGUUGGGACAACGAAAUGGUUGACCAUAAUGAUGGAAAGGAGUUCUUAAAUAUAAUUCGGUCUAAAGUAUUGAGCUUUAAAUAUGGCUUUAGGAAAUAUAUUGAUUGGAAGCAUCUACAUCCUGUCUAUCAGACUAAUCGGGCACAGGAAAAUGACUUUGCACGCUUGGCUAGGAGAAUUUGCGGUAAAGGUAUCGGACUGGUUUUAGGGGGUGGAGGUGCUAGAGGAAUUUCUCAAAUUGGCGCUUUAUAUGCAUUAGAAGAGGCCGGGAUUCCUUUUGAUAUUAUCGGCGGUACCAGUAUAGGAGCAUUCAAUGGCGGAUUGUAUGCCCGUGAAGCAGAUCUAGUCCCAAUGUUUGGUCGUGCCAAGAAGUUUUGUGGAAGGAUGGCAAAUCUAUGGAGGUUUGUUUUAGAUUUAACUUAUCCUCAGGCUGCUUAUACUACUGGUCAUGAAUUCAAUCGAGGUAUAUGGAAAGCAUUCGGUGAAAGCCAUAUUGAGGACUUUUGGUUGCCGUUUUACGUGAAUACGACAAACAUUACUCAUUCUCGCAUGGAUGUUCACUCAAGUGGUUAUGCGUGGAGAUAUAUUCGAGCUAGUAUGUCUUUAGCCGGUUUGGUCCCGCCAAUGCUCUCCGAUAAUGGGGACAUGCUGUUAGAUGGUGGUUAUAUGGAUAACCUUACAGUAACGCAUAUGCAAUCUCUUGGAGCGAACACAAUCUUUGCAAUUGAUGUUGGAAGUGAGGACUCACGUUUGGCAAUGGAUUAUGGAGAUACUGUUUCCGGUGCUUGGGCUUUAUUCACUCGUUGGAUUCCCUUUAUUUCGAAGAAAGCAUAUCCUUCACUUGCUGAUAUCCAAUCUAGAUUAACUUACGUUACGAGUGUUGCAAUUGGCGAAAAAGUAAAGACGACACCGGGUUGUUUCUAUAUGCGUCCUCCUGUCACGGAUUUUACCACAUUAGAAUUUGGAAGGUUUGACAAGAUCUACAGCGUUGGUUACGAAUACGGUAAAUCAUUUAUUGAGAAACUCCGGACAGAAGGUAAGCUUGACGGGAUUCUAGGAACUAAUACUCAGUACCAAAAGCACCCAAAAUAUUUAUCGCUAAGAAGAAACUCGUUGUAA